AUGCCUGUUGAAGUAAAUGGUAGUAGAGUUGACAUUAUGGUAGAUAGUGGGGCCACAAUUUCCACUGUUAAAGCUGAUGAGCAUGUAUGUACACCAACACCUAAUUUUGUCACCACCGUGGGUGUUUCCGGCGUUCCUGUUGUUGAGCCACUAUCACAGAGAGCUAAAAUAACUGUUGAAGGUUCAGAUGUGCAACAUUCUUUCCUGAUUUCUGAGAAAAGUCCAAUUAAUCUCAUGGGACGAGAUUUACUUUGCAAGCUACAUGCCACCAUUCAAUGCACACCUGAUGGAUUGUUUUUAAGCCUACCUGAUGUGAAGGCUGCUCAUGCAUUUCAGUUUUUGAAAACUAUUGCUGAUUGUUUGUAUUGUUGGUCAUUGACUGAUUUUAACAUGGCUUCCAGUUUCACAGUAUCUAGCAUUCAAAAAAUUGCUCAAAUUUCACCAGCAUGUGCAACACAGAUGUCUGCCAUGAGGCCUGUACUACAGUGUCACUGUACAGCAGCAUUUAACCCCCCAGAGGUGUACAAACAAUUAGCUGAUGUGUUUUUGAAUACACAAGAGGGGUUGGAGUGUGAACAAUGUUUGUUUGUUGGUCCACAGGGAUGUGCAAUUCCAAUUCGGUUAUCUGACGCACAGCGCAAAUUGGUUAAUGAUAAAGAUUCAUUUCCAUACAUCACUGUAGCUGUCUCUCCUGGCUGUGACCCACAACAGCUUGAAAGCAUGGUGGCACAGUGCCAGGCAUUGAGAGGAGCUGCGCAGACUCCUCAAACUCAAACAAUAACACACUUGGGCCUUGAGCUGUACAUGUUAUCUUUAACUGAGCACAUCCAGCUACCUCAGAGUAGGUUUGUUUUGCAACAACCACCCCUCCCCACACAGUAUGGGCCUCCAUCAGAGCUUUCAGAGGUUCCAUCUAUUUUAUGGGCUAAACAUAAAAACCAUGUGGGUUUUGUGAAUUCGGCUCCACCUCACGAAGUCACACUCAAACCUGGUGCUAAACUACCAAUGGUCAGGCAAUACAAUUUGCCACACAAGUCAAUUGCUGGUAUUGAAGGUGUAAUUCAGUCUUUACUGGAUCAAGGUGUGUUGGUUCAAACAACAAGCCCAUGUAACACACCCAUUUUACCCAUUCCAAAAGCAAACCGCCCAGAUGAAUGGCGUUUUGUACAAGAUUUGCAAGCUAUUAAUAGCAUUGUAGUGCCAACAGCUCCAAUUGUGCCAGACACAAAUUCGAUUUUAGCUUCACUACCAUCCAACUCAACACACUACACAGUCAUUGAUUUGAGUUCAGCUUUUUUCUCAAUCCCGUUGCAUCCAGAUAGCCAGUAUCUGUUUGCAUUCACAUUCAAAGGAAAACAGUACACCUGGCAGCGUUUGCCUCAGGGUUUUGUCGAGAGUCCUACAGUUUACGCAGCAGCAGUGAAACGGGACUUGGAUGACCUCCACUUUCCAGGGGGCUCCACUCUCCUACAGUAUGCAGAUGACCUCCUGAUAGCUUCACCAUCACAGGAAGCUUGUCGAACGGACUCCAUCUUGCUCCUACAGAGACUAGCUGAGUGUGGUCAUAGAGCAUCACUUGCCAAACUGCAAUUUUGUCGGUCUGAGGUGACAUACUUGGGUCAUGUUUUGAAAAAUGGACAGCGCCUGUUGUCACCGGAGAGGUUGAAACUGCUGGUUAACAUGCCUCCUCCCACAACCAAGAAACAAAUGCUCUCGUUCUUGGGGAUGGCGAAUUAUUGCAGACAUUGGAUCUUUGAGUAUGCUGCUAUGGACUCUGUUUUGCGAAACGCCACACUGCAAUCAGCUCCUCCCAAGGUGCAGUGGACUGAGGACAUGAACAAAGCUUUUCAGGACCUGAAACAUGCUCUCACCUUGGCUCCGGCAUUGGGGCUGCCGGACUAUCAUCAGCCGUUCCAUCUGCAUGUACAUGAACGAGAUGGCUUUGCUACAGGCAUUCUCGUGCAAAAACAUGGGUCUCAUUACCGUCCAGUUGCGUACUACUCCUCUCGACUAACCCCUGUGGUUCUUGGCAUGCCAGGUUGCUUAAGAGCGGUGGCCGCCGUUGCCAUCAUGAUUGAGAAAUCUUCUCCAAUUGUACUGGCUCAUGACUGUGUUGUGCACGUUCCACAUGCAGUACUUCACAUCUUGAACACAUCUGCUACCCAACACAUGACAGCUGCACGUCGUUCAGGCUAUGAAGCAAUCAUUCUUCAUAGUCCACACAUCACUUUAAAACGCUCACCUCCAUUGAAUCCAGCUACUCUCCUUCCAUUGAUUGACACAGAUGAUGAGCAUGAUUGCAUCACAACUAUUGACCUGUGUACAUCCCCAAGGCCAGACUUGUUGCAGACACCAAUACCCAAUUCUGAUUUGAUUUUUUACACUGAUGGUUCAGCUAGCAGACCAUCUGAUAGCACACAUCUAGCUGGCUAUGCAGUAGUUAACGAUUGGGGGGUAGUAGAGGCAAAAGCACUGCCUCCAGGUACCUCUGCUCAAGCAGCAGAACUGUAUGCUCUAACUAGAGCGUGUAUUCUUGCUUCUGGUAAGGUGGCUACUAUUUACACUGACUCAAGAUAUGCAUUUGGCGCUGCUCAUGAUUUUGGCCAGUUAUGGAAGAUGAGAGGUUUUGUGUCAUCUUCUGGAAAACCACUACAGCAUCACACUUUGGUUAAUGACCUGUUAGAUGCUAUUUUGCGCCCAUCUCAGCUUGCAAUCAUCAAAUGUGCUGCUCACACGAAUGGAACUGAUCCUGUUUCACGAGGAAAUGCAAUGGCUGACACUGCAGCCAAACAAGCGGCACUUUCCUCUCCCUCUUUGGUACUUCAAUGUGCCUCCACACAACCUACCAAUCCAAUUCCAGUUCCUUCCGCUAAUGAUGUCGUGACAAUGCAAAAUCACGCUGAUGACAGGGAGCGAAGUCUUUGGUUGCGUAAAGGUUGUAAAGUUGACGCGGAGUCUGGCUUGUGGCUCCACCCUGAUGGUCGACCGGUUUGCCCUCGAGCUCUCCUUCAUGUACUGGCACGUGUGACGCAUGGUCCAGCGCAUGUUGGAAGAGGGGUGAUGAAUGAUGUUAUUCGCUCACAGUGGUUUGCUCCAGGCAUUACUCAAGUUUCACAAACACUUGUGGAUAGUUGUAUGAUAUGUCAACAGACCAGAAAAAAGAAUAGCACAGUGAAACAUGACCACUUAGAACCCCCAUCAGGUCCUUUUGUAAAUAUGCAAAUAGAUUUUGUACAUAUGCCAAGCUCACAAGGCUUCAAAUACUUGCUAGUCAUAACCGACAGGUUCUCGAAGUGGGUAGAAGCUUUUGCAACGAAAAAAGAAGAUGCAAGAACAGUUGUAAAGUGUCUGCUAAAAGAGGUAAUCCCUAGGUACGGAGUGCCGCAGGGAAUAGAUAGCGACAGAGGUCCAGCUUUUGUGUCAAAAAUCACUCAGGGACUGUCAGAAAUCUUAGGAUUUAAGUGGCAGUUACAUGUUCCUUAUCAUCCACAGAGUUCAGGUCAAGUUGAGAGAAUGAAUGCAACUAUCAAAGACAGAUUGACCAAAACAGUCCUAGCCACAGGCCUGAAAUGGCCUGAUGCACUGCCGAUUGUGCUGUACUCCAUUCGGAGUGCACCAAGUGCAACUACAGGACUGAGUCCUCACGAGGUGCUGAUGGGAAGACCAAUGUCCACAGGGACAAGUCCCCCACUGACACCACACAAAGCUACUCUGCUUUGGACGGAUGAGUUCAUGACUGAGUAUGUGAAAAGACUAACAGAGAUUUUGAGAAAGUAUCAUUUACAGGUGGCUGACAGACUCCCCAAACCAUCGGAAGAACCAAUUCAUUCCUUUCGAGAAGGUGACCUGGUAUUAAUCAAAUCUCUGGAAAAAGUGUCUUUGUCUCCUAGGUGGAAAGGUCCAUACCAGGUGCUGCUGACUACUAGGACGGCCCUGAAGGUCGAAGGCAGAGCAGAAUGGAUCCACGCCACAAGGUGCAGACUGGCCCCCCCAACCACUGGCGGAGGAGAGCAGAGCCCUGGCAGGUAACCGGAUGGUUACUCCUUUUUUCUCUCCUGUUUAGUAGGUUCGGGCAGGGGACAGGUCAAGUCGGUCCAAAUGAGAGAGAGACAGGAGUCUCUCUGAUUCCAGGCGAAGGAGAGCGGAAAGGCUUUCCUUCUCAUGACACAGUCGGUGCCAUGAACCCAGUGCCCCAUGGACAGGGGCGCCCUUUGCAGAAUGAUCCAGAAAAUGCAGACCAAGAGCCAGAUCUUGGACAUACGGACAAAUCAAUGAGCCCAUUGGGACUCUACAACACUUUACUUUUUCUCGAGGUAGAUGGCGGUGGUCUACAUAUGAUAAAACACUGUUUGAGACGAAGCAGAGUUCAUCCACGUCGACGAAGAGGAUCACUCCAGGAGGAUGGAUUCCACAUCACCAUGCAUCGUAUGUGCUAGUAACCUCUCCAUGGUGAUGGCCCUCUACUGUACGCAAAGUGCAUGGGUUGAAGACUUCACUUUGUGAUUGAUUUGUUUUAUUGUUAUGAUGUAAUCAAAUGUUUGUAUGACUCCCCUUUAAGUUGCUAGGAUUUCAUCUAGUAAGAGGCAGGAAGUGUCUUGUCUUAGGUUGUUUGCGCAUGUGACUGGUGACCUCUGUCAAUGACCUCCUUUAACGCUUUGGUGUUCUAGGAGAUCUUCUUUGAGGAUUUGCCUCACUACUGCCCCUGGUGGUUGGAAGACAGAACUCAUGGGUCACAUGACAGUUGUUUUAAAGGGGUACAUAAGAGGGGUUUUUUAUCUAAUUUACUGAUUGUUUGCUUUUAUUGUUAUUGCAUUAUGUGUUUAAAUGAUUAUGUGUUUUGAUGAUUUUACUUUUGAUUUUGUUCAAUGCAAUUGUUGAUUCUUGUAUUACUUUUGUGUGAGAAUUGUUAUCUGUUGUGCGGAUGUUGUUUCUACUCUGUUUGUGCCCUUACAGUCCACCAGUCCAGUCAUAAAUUGGUAAUUUGUAUUGAUCUUUUGAUCAAUAAGAGGGGAUUGUUAUGGAUAUUCCAUAACUGACCAGGACAACAGAAUGUCAAGCUGUACUCCUCUGUUCUCUCAAACAGAAGAUAACACAUGUUGUUUAAUAAAC